GGAGGCGUGGCUACAGACAGCAUCCACUCACUCAGAGAAUUUACUACACUUUCUCGAAGGGUCACUCACAUCAGCACACACCGGAAAAAUGGAUAUGGGUGAAGCAGGACCACAGACGUAUCUCUAUGGAUGCGAACUCGUAGCCGGGAAAGAAGUGAAGUUCAUCCCAGAAGAUGAGGAUGUGGAGCAUCAGUUGUCCAUUAGAAUGGUGUGUGUUGACCCUACCACAAAAGAUGAGCUGCAGCUUGUGGAGGUGGAAGGAAUCGGUGCAGAGGGGACUAAAGUCACAGCAGUGCUGGCGGCCCUUAAGCCGUCCACAACACCCAGUGUGUGUGUGGGUGGUCUUGAAAUUACACCCCCAGUUAUAUUCAGGUUGAGGUCCGGGGCAGGUCCUGUUCACAUCAGCGGACAGCACUUAGUCAUGAUGCCAAGCUUUGAUGAUGAUGAGAUGGGGGAGGAGGAAGAAGAUGAAGAAGCCAUCACCACCCUGAAGCGAAUGGCACCAGCUGGAAUGAGGGCUUUGAAAAAGAUGAAGAUGGACGUGGAUGAUGAAGAUGAUGAUGACAGUGAUGAAGAUGACGAGGAUGAUGAUGACGACGACGAUGAUGACGACGAGGAAGAGGAGGAAGAGUCUCCUGUGAAGCCAAAGAAGGCACCGUCCAAACCACAGACACCCGUAGCACAGAAUGGCAAGUCGCACAAGCCCGGCACACCUGCAGCCAAACAGAAGACCCCAGACAAUAAGAAGAAAGACAACAAGAAGCUGCAGUCCCCCAAAACCCCCCAGACGCCACGCAUCCCCCUCACCGUGGCGGACAUGAAGGUCAAGAUGAUGGCCUCCGUGCAGAAGGGGAUCUCGCUACCUAAACUCCAGCCCAAGUUUGAAAACUACAUGAAGAACACCUUUAAAGUGGCAGAGUCCAAGACCAUCGAGGAGCUGUGGAAGUGGAGGCAGACCGUGGACGAAAGCAAAUGAUCAGCCCUCUGCUGAAUUGUUCGGUUGUCAUUGUUUUGAUAAAUUAUUAUUGUUUCUCACCCCCUCCCACCCCUUUUUUUUUUUUUUUUAAUUACCCCCCAAGUUCGAGCCGUGAUUACGUAUUCUUACUGCUAUAUUCUCAGCCUGCCGCAGAACGAGAUUACUGUCUACAUGUCCUCGUGAAUUUGACCUUUCACCCUGCCAUCAGCCUUAUUCACCAGAGGACUAACCUGAAAGAGGAGGAAGGGGAAUCGCGUCCAGUAUUUUUUUUGUUUCGUUUUUUAAUUAAUUGUUGUUUUGAAAGUCAAUUGUGGGAAUGGAGUUAAAUCAACAUUUAUGUCAAGGGAGGUCUUCCCUUCCAGUGUUCCUGUAAUGUUGGAGUUUGAAGCCUUUAUUUCUCCCCUUCACGUCAUGUAUGUAUGUUUGUUUGUUUGGUUGGUUGGUUGGUUAAUUAUGUUUUUCUUCGAUAUCCGGUCCAUGUUCGCUGAAUGAGGUUUUAUAUGUGCCCUGUUGGGUGCCAGGCCCUUUGGGGUUACUAGGGGAUUGGGGAGGGACAUGAAUAAAUAAUUCCACUGAAA